AUGUACACUGAUCAUCAGGGUACUGAUGAUCAGUGUGCCCUGAUGAUCAGUGUAGCCCCAGCAGUUCCACCUGGUAGUGUCCAUCAGUGCCUUAUGUCAGUGCUCAUCAGUGCCUCGUACCAGUGCCCAUCAGUGCCACAUCAGUGCCACAUAUCAGUGCCUACCAGUGCACAUCAAUGCCACAUAUCACUGCCCAUCUGAGCUGCCUUUCAGUGUCACCCAUCAGUGUCAGUCAGUGCCACCUAUCAAUGCCAAUCAGUGCCACCUAUCAGUGCUGCCAAUCAGUGCCACCUAUCAGUGCCAGUCAGUGCCACCUAUCAAUGCCAAUCAUCAGUGAUGCCUAUCAGUGCUGCCUAUCAGUGCCCAUCAGUGCCACCUAUCAGUGCCUGUCAGUG